GAUGAAAUACUCUCUUGCAAUUAUUUUCAUUGGAACUCUUCUUCUAAAUGUGUCUUCAGGAUUCCAUUCCAACCUGUUACAAGAGCUAAUGGAGAGAGAAGAAUUACUAAGUAAAAGAGGGAGUAACGAUAUGGGAGGUUUAGAAGCAUCAAUAGCGUGCGAAUGGAUGUUGAAAGGACUAACUGGUUCAACUGCAAAUGCUGCAUCUUUCUGUAAUGCUCCAAUGAAUCCAAGAACUUCGGAUAUAAAAAUUUUAAAGAACAUAAAAAAUCUGGAAAAGCUUUGUUAUGCCGCCUGCAGAGCUGAUCGUAAUACUGGAAUAUGCGUAGAUAGAUGUGAUGUUUCUCGUUCAUUCACUCUCGGAAAGAAUUAA